AUGUAUAUAAAAAAUAAUGCCAGCCGUAUUGCUUUUAUUUUAUUAAAUAUCCUAAUUCAAAUUGGAUCGAUUGUUUAUGUUAUUGUUGAUCGAGUUGGUGUUAUGUUAGUUAACUUUAACUAUACAAUUGCAAUAAGUAAAAUGCUCAAACAAACAAUGACUAUCAUUCGACGGUUAUGUUUUCUUCGUUUAAUUAUGCCAGUUGAUGAUCAUAUUGAUGCACAUCGUUUAGUAGGAACAAUAUUAUUUAUUUCUUCCAUAGUUCAUACAUUUGGCCAUGUAAUUCAAUUUGCAACCCAUACAGAAGGUAAUGAAUAG